UGAACGAGGUUCGUGAUAGCCGGGAUACCCCGCAUCAUCGUGCAUUUACCCCAAAAAGGGCCCAGCUCCAAAUUUCCCGCUACGCCAUCCUUCGGGGGGAAUUCUUCCGUCAAAUCCAUGUUACCGAAGAUCCAUGGACACUGACUUCAACGAUAUAAACAGUAGCCAAGCCUAUUGUGAAUCGUGAUUACGAUCAUCACGCCUUCAGGAACAUUCUCCACUUUGCCGAUAUGAAGCUCAUCGCGAGUUCAAGCGUCUUCUUGACACUUUCUGUGCAUGCAAUUGCUGCCCCCACUCAUCCGAAGCAGAAGCAACGCUCUUUCAAAUGGCAUUCUACAGAGUCCCUGAUAGCUUUUGGGGAUAGCUACACAUAUGUGCAGGGUACUCUCGGCCACGAAAACUACACCUUCAUUGGCGACGAAUUCAACUUCUCUUUCUCACCAGCACAGCUCUUCUCGAAUCGCAUCGUACAGAACCUUACAGGAACGGCAGAAGGAGGCCCCAAUUGGGUAGAGCUUCUGACUGGAUGCGGUGUUAAGAAUGGUUUGCAUGAUCCAAGAGAGUGCGAUGUCCAGCUCUGGGACUUUGCAUAUGCUGGCGCGAACACUAUCGAGGAAGUUGGAUUUACACCCCUACAUCACAACCAUACUGUCUCGCUCGAACGGCAGAUCGAACAAUUUGUCUCCUACGGCAAUCCAGCUCUCGAAUCAAUUCACCUCAACCAGAAGAAAGCGCUCGUAGCGAUAUGGAUCGGCAUCAACGACAUUAACGACCUUGUAUCAACCCAAGGCAAGAACGCGUCCUUUGCACCACUCUACGAGAAGAUUCAGGACCGAGUUUUCGAGAGCGUGGAGAAGAUCUAUGAGCUUGGCUACAAGGACUUCCUCUUCAUGAAUCUACCGCCUCUGGAUCGUGGACCGGGCACGCCCAAUGUCAACGCCUCGCUCGUCAGUUCUUUCAACAAGAUUCUCGCUAAACACACCAACGCCUUUCAGUCCAAUCACAAGGACGUGAAGGUGCUUCAGUUUGAUGUCAACAGUGUUUUGAACCAUGUUUUGGAUCAUUACCAGGACUACGGAUUGAAGAACAUCACCGACUACUGCCCGGGAUAUAAUCAGCCAGAUAUUCUCACAGAUCCAAGCCGAUAUGGAUGCACGGAAUUGGAUACGUACUUUUGGUACAAUUCAGGGCAUCUGACGAGUCGGACGCAUGACAUCAUGACGAAAGCCUUGGAAAGAUGGUUAGUAAGACAGUGAUAGGGACGUAGACUGUCAUUUGUUCUUAACAUCGUUGCGC